AUGGCAUCGCGGGAAUCGGGCCGGAUCCGGGAAGCGGACAAGAAACGUGUGCUGGAUGAUGCAUCCCGAAAAAGGCGUGCCCGCAAAGCUUUGGAAGCGCUUGAGCAAGACAACUAUCACGAGGAUCCACACGCCGAUCUGGUCAUGUCGAAAAAGAUUCCAAAGUUUCAGGAUAAUCUCGAUACCAGUAAUUCUCAGAAGAAGAAAACCAAACGUAGCAAAGGAGCAGAUUAUUACAGGGCUAAGUAUCGAAAGAACUUUGGCCAGCUGCUGGAGGAGGAUCGAGCCCAGCAUCCAGAUGGGCCAAAUUAUUUUACGGCUGCUGCCGGGAGUUCACGUUUCCCGGAACGUCAUUUUUGCGCCGUGUGUGGAUUCCCUUCCAGCUACACGUGUACUUCCUGUGGGACACGCUACUGUUCGGUGCGCUGUUUGGGAACUCAUCAGGACACACGUUGCCUCAAGUGGACCGCUUAAGUUAUUGAAAUAUGUUGUAUGAUAAACUUUUGAUUCAUUUUGUAGCCUAUGCAUAAGAUUUUGAAUAUUAUCCAUCAAAUGAGACGAAAUACAAGGAAUCAGGAAGACCUAUAAAUUUGUCUUUGAACU